AUGGAGAUGUUAUUGUUACCUGGAGCACUUGUUUUCUUUGCUAUAUUAGCUCUCUUAUUCCUCUUGAAACUAAUGUUUUCUUGGUGGGUUUCACCUCUCCGGAAACAUCUUAAGCUUAAAAGAUGUGGAUUUGGAGGGCCACCCCCAAGUUUUCCACUUGGAAACAUUCAAGAGAUUAAAAAGAAGAAUAGCGUUAGUUCUUCACAACAUCGGUCCUCAAAGCCUACCCACGAUAUACACUCCACUGUGUUCCCCUAUUUUUCUCGGUGGCAAAUUUCUCACGGGAAGGUUUUCAUCUAUUGGCUGGGCACAGAACCCUUUUUGUACAUUGCAGACCCAGAAUUCUUGAAGAAAAUGUCCACAGAGGUGAUGGCUAAGAGAUGGGGAAAACCGCGAGUGUUUAGAAACGACAGAGACCCUAUGUUUGGAAAUGGUUUGGUGAUGGUUGAAGGCAAUGAAUGGGUUCGUCAUAGGCAUGUUAUAGCCCCAGCAUUUUCUCCAAUUAACUUGAAGGCAAUGGCAAGCAUGAUGGCUGAGUCUACAAAUCAAAUGAUAGAUAGGUGGAUUACACAAAUUAACUCCGGCAACCCAGAAAUUAAUGUGGAGAAAGAGGUUGUAGCAACGGCAGGAGAAAUCAUAGCAAGAACAAGCUUUGGCAUGAAGGGUGAAAAUGCAAAGGAAGUGUCUGAAAAACUACGUGCCCUACAAAUGACACUUUUUAAGACAACAAGAUAUGUAGGGGUUCCAUUUGGCAAGUGUUUCAACGUGAAAAAAACCCUAGAGGCAAAGAAACUUGGGAAAGAGAUUGAUAAGCUCUUGUUAUCCGUAAUUACAGCUCGUACAACAUCAAUCAAAAGACAAACUCAAGAAGAUUUACUGGGAUUGUUGUUGCAAGGAAACCAUCAAGUUGAAGAAAAAUCAGGGAAAACACUCACUACUAGAGAAUUAUUGGAUGAAUGCAAGACCUUCUUCUUUGCUGGCCAUGAGACUACGGCUUUGGCUAUUUCAUGGACUUUGUUCCUUCUAGCUAUGCAUGAAGAUUGGCAAAUCCAGUUAAGAAAUGAAAUUAGAGAAGUGGUCGGUGAUAAAGAACUUGAUAACAACGUGCUUGCUGGGCUGAGAAAGAUGAAGUGGGUGAUGAAUGAAGUUCUGAGACUCUACCCAACGGCACCAAAUGUGCAAAGGCAAGCUAGAGAAGACAUUCAAGUUGAUAAUUUAACAGUACCUAAUGGGACCAACAUGUGGAUCGAUGUUGUGGCGAUGCACCAUGACACGACAUUGUGGGGAGAAGAUGCUAACGAGUUUAAGCCAGAGAGGUUCAUGAAUGAUGUCAAUGGUGGAUGUGACCACAAGAUGGGGUACUUGCCAUUUGGAUUUGGGGGUAGGAUGUGUGUUGGUAGGAACUUGAGCUUUAUGGAGUAUAAGAUAGUCUUAACCUUACUCCUCUCUAGAUUUAGUUUUAAACUUUCCCCAGGUUAUAACCAUUCACCUUCUAUCAUGCUCUCCCUUAGACCCACUUAUGGACUUCCUCUCAUAGUUCACCCCCUUUAA